AUGGCUGGUGUGCUUAUCUAUGAGUUUGUAAAGUUCCAUCAAUUAACAGGAAGCGUGAUUGAAACGAAUCCAUUUAAUCCGAUGAUUGGUCCUAGUUUCCAGGUACUUGUCAAUGUAGGAGCAAGAUUUACACCCUGUAUUCGCCUUGUCCCAAGCUUUCCUUCAACUACACUUAUUUCCAACUGUUAUCAAUCAUUAACAGAUACUUGUACCGUACAGGAGCUCUGUGGUUUUGGUGGAUUCCCGAAUGGUAUACCCAGUCAGAGCUUCAGACUUGUUAUUCCGAUUUUUAUGCAUGCAGGUGUGAUUCACUUUUUGAUGAACAUGUUGACACACCUGAGAUUGGGUGUUGAUUUGGAAAGAGCACUCGGUACUCCUCGUUAUGUUAUAUUGUAUAUGGCAUCAGGGAUAUGGGGCUUUGUCCUGUCCGCAAUGCUUUCACAAAAUUUAAGCGCAUCCACGGGUUGUUCAGGCGCUUUAUUUGGCUUGAUAGGUUACAUGUUUAUAGAUGUACUCGUCAAUUGGAAAAUAUUACCUCAUCCAGUACGAGAUUUGAUGAGUUUAUUGGUUUCUACCAUAAUUAGUCUGGUCCUUGGCUUAUUGCCUGGCCUCGAUAACUUUGCACACAUUGGAGGCUUCGUUGUUGGAAUCCUUUUGGGAAUGACGGUUGCACCAAUGCGCCCUAUGGCGACCACAAGGGUAAAAGUUAUUACUUGGAUACUGCGUGUUGUGGCUUUGAUUGCUUUGAUCGUCUUGUUUGCUGUGUCUAUCCACCAAUUCUAUGCUGCCUACGAUCCCAGCACAAUUUGCCCUAACUGUAAAUAUUUGUCUUGUUUGCCUGUCAACAACUGGUGCGAUCCAGUCAACUAA